AUGGGAGAUGACGAGGAAAAGGAGCAGCUCAAACACGAUGUGGCAAACUUACGGCAGCAAGUGCGAAUGCUGAACGAACACAUUGAGAGCUACGAAAAAGAAGCCCCAAGCUCCUCGACGCCUUCCAACAGCCAUGAAAAGGAGAAACUCAUGGCCGAAAUUUCCAGCUUAAAAGCCUUUCAAAUUGCACACGAAGAAGAACAUGAGGCGUGGUUAAAAAAGCUGCAGGAUGUGGAGAAACGCAAUCAGGAACUCACGGAGCAGAAUAAGGAACUUGAAAGCUUGUUGUGUGUGAAUGAGGUCUCGGAUCAUGAAACUACCCAACAUAAUCUCGAAAUCAACAAGUACAAGCAGCAACUCGAUGACUUGGAAGCCGAAGCUCAAGCAAAUUACCAAACUGUCCGGGACCUUCGCAUGUCACUAGCAACAAAAGAGGAUCAACUCCAUGAAAGAAACGGGGAAUACGAAAGGGUUUUCGGUGAACUCGGUGAAUUGCGGCUGCAAAUCAAGGUUCUAAAAUCGGAAAAUGAAGAGCUUGAGGCCGGAAUCAACCAGGCAACAAGUUUGCCGUUUGCUUCACGAGGGAAUUCGAUGUUUGGGGAGUUUGCUGACGAACGCCGAAAUCUCGAGCAAGACAUGAAAAAACUCCACGUCGAAUUGACAAAGUACAAGAAAGAAAAUCGGAUGCUAAAAAUUGAGUUGGAAGAUGCCAAACUUCGGUCGACGGCUAAAUUCGAAAGUGGACCCCGCCGAGAUUGCAAAUGCAGAACUAUGGAGAUCGAGCUCAUCAAUUUGCGUCAAAAUAUUGCAAGCUUAGAGCAAAGGUCAAUUCUAUUUUUGCGUGAAAAUCUGCAACGCCUUCAAAAUCCGGAAAAGAUUAGAUUCUACGGAGCCGAGAUACAACGAAUGGAAGAUACGGUAACCCACCUCAGGAAAGAACGAGACGAAGCGAAAGAUCGCCUAAUCAUUGAGCAAGCAAAAUGCGAAAGUGCAAGUAUAGAAAAUGCUGCAUUGAAAGCCCAAGUAGACGAUUUGCGAUUGCACAUAAACGAACAGCAAAAGCGGUUUGAAGACAUGAUGAAUGAAGAAACUCGAGACGAAAUAGCUGAAGUAGUUCCAGCACCGGUGAAGGAGAUAGCGACUACCUCUCACUUCAUUACCCCAUGCAAGGCACCUGAAAAUACUGGUAUGGUUACUCCUCUUUCAAUUGCUACAGCAAAAACCAAGCAGUAUGAGCUCAAUUCGGAUUUACAAGUGGAUAAAGAGGAAAUGCGGAGAAAGAUUGAAAAGGAUAGGCGUGAAGCUGAAAGCGAGAAACUGACAAAAUUGGCUGAAGGAUUUAAAAACCGAAAUGUGAUGAAGAGAAAUAACAGUAUGCUCACUCCAGUUGUUACCACCCAAGAGAACAAGAAAGCAAAACUUGCAAUCGCGCCGAAGCCGAUGCUAUCAAAUUUCCAGCCAUUUGUCAUACAAUCGCCCGCCAAAAAAGUCGAAAAAGAGAACGAAAGGCAU